CACCAUAGACCCUUUGAAACCCCAUUCUAUAAAAGGCAGCUCUCAGCCCUUGUCCUAUGCAGUGAGUUUUAGUUUGGAUUUGAUUGCAAAUAGGAACGUACUUAUAACAUCAAGAUGGAUUUGAGGAUGUUUGCCGCUUGUUUGAUAAUGACUGUCUUUUUAAUCAAGCAUUCUGAUGCCGCGAUAACUGCUUUUACUACAACCGGUUUCACCACCGAUUCUGGAUCAGGCGCAGAUUUAACGUUGACUUAUGACACUCUUGUGCCGGAAACCACAGCUGCCGGUUCCGCGAUGUUCGAUCUUACGGCUACAGCAGCUGGAGGUGGUGGGAUAACCUACGACUUUAAGGCUGGAGGCAACCCUGAUUCCAUCGCAGCAAUAACCGUGGCAACUAAUGUUGCAUCAAUUAACGUCGCCACUGGUGUUACUCUGAACUACGAUACAAAGUCCCAAUAUGUGUUGACUAUUGUAGCAACCGAGACCGCCGAUACCAGCACAUUAGGCACUGCGACAGUUACAAUAAAUAUUGGGAUGGCAUUUGCAAAGGGACAGUUUGGUGCUUGUAUAGUAGACGGCUCCUCAGCAGGGACAGUGGUCGGGACGUACGCUCUUGUGGAUGUGGCCUCAGGCACAACAGUAGCUUACACUAUCACAGGCGGAAACACAAACACUGAUUUUACCAUCGGUGCUGCAACGGGACAGAUAUCACUUGAUACCGGAAAAACCGUUGUUCAGACUACCCUAGGUGGCUACACUCUAGCUAUAAAGGGUACUGUCGGCGCCCUCGACCAUGACACAGCCUCGGUGUGGAUUUCUGUACAGGACUCGUGCAGUGGAACUGUCCAAAUUGCUGCAGCUUUAGGAAUCAUCAUUGCAUCCCUUGCAGCAAUGCAUUUCAUUUAAACAUAUUUCUUACAGAAAUAAACUCAAAAAACGAUUAUAUUUAACUAACAUUUUUGCUUUUAAGAUCUGUUUUGCAUUAAAUGACCAACUCUGUUAUGUAUUACAUUCUAGUUUUGAGAUCCUGCAGUUUCAAUAGUAUUAUUAAGAAUAGAUUUUAUCAAUUACAAGCAUAUAUAUCGUAUACAGAUUUUGUUAUAUAUUAUGAUUUAAAUGAAUAUUAUAUGCAUACAACGCAUAAUGGUGAUAUAAACUGUUUUAAAGGAGUAAAUGAUGAAAGGAAUUUCAAACAAAAGUAUUCUAUACUAAUUUAUGCUUCCACUUUUUCUAAUAGUUCUUUUCUUAUCGAUCUGUUGUCAUUGUUCUUUUCUAUUUAUGCCAACGUAUAAAUGUGAUACAGGACUUUUCAGUCGUGGACACGACGUUGGGUAACUGUGUUUCUUUGAUAUUCUGUGGGUUUAAACGACAAAAAGAGGUUUUCCAGGCUAACAUUAAAGGGAUAUUAUAUAAUAUACAUAUUAUUAAAAAAAACAGUAGCCAUUAUAUUUUUCUGCAUUUUUUGGACUGACUGAGAUUAGGGAAUCUGUUUUCUACCUGUUAAGUCUUCAUAUGCACGAUUAUAAAACAUACGGAUUGACAAUGUAAUUCGCUUAUUACACUAUGACUUCGUAAAAAAUAUGUUCUUAUAAACAAUCGUUUUAUUUGAUUUUCAUUUUAUUAUCGGAUCGUAUUUUUUAAACAAGCUCGUUUCAAAUUUGAUACCGUUUCGUUUAAACCCACAUAACUGUAUUUGCAGUGUUUCUAUAUAUACAAAUGAAAGUAUCCAGAUGACUCCUUCCCGGAUUUGAUGGUGGAUCUUUCAAUCUUGAAUUGUUUUCAUUUUUUAAAUUGUUCUGAGAAAACAAGUACAUUAUGAAGUAUUUUCUAGCGGUACAUUUAGUUAACAUUGAUAUGAUAUUUUACUACCAGUAAUAUAUUUGGGAUAUUUAUUUAUUUUUGCUAGUGGAAAACUGGCUAAAAUUUGUAUUUAUUAUGUACUACAAAUGUUUAUUUGACUAAAGCAUAAACAUUAUAAAAUUAUAUGUUAAAACAUGUUGGACAAUAAAUAAUCAGAACCAAAUAA